AUUUCUCUUAUCCCUCCUCCUAGAUCAGCUCCAUUUCUCUCACAUCAUGAACUGGUUCAAACAAACCUUGGCCAAUGUUGCGGGGACUCAGGAGCCCAUAUAUGGCCCACAGGCCAUCCAGUCAGUAACAGCGCAGGCACAGGCGUUGGAAACCCCAUACCGGGAGUUAACGAAGGAUGAUUUGCGAUGGAGGGCGAUGCAGUCUACUUGCGUUGAGACUCAGACCUUCUAUCUCUUUUCUGAUAGUGGGGAGCUUGCUAUGCUCCAGGUUAUCUAUAGCAAUGUCGCCGGACUCCACACGACCUGCCAUUUCAAUUCCAAGAUCUACGGAACGGACGGCAAAUCACCGCAUAUAUGGUGCAGUGACUCUGUUCAUAAUUAUAUGUUCGAUGAAGACAUGCUCUCAUUUGGCGGGGACAACAUCGCCCUCACGCUCAAUGCUGAGGGUGAUACAUACUCCAUCAAAUCAGCCAUUAAUGAGGACAGCCUCGUCAAUAUCAAUUUGAAACGAGCCGCGCCGGGUUUCGCGGUUGGACAGAAUGGCACCUCGAACUUUGGCACCGAUCCGGAAAAUCCGUGGGGGAGCAUGCGUCAUGUGUUUUGGCCACGCUGUACAGUCGAGGGUACCAUUGUUACGCCGGAGAGGGAAAUUGAUUUCAAAGGUCAUGGCCUGUUCAUUCAUGCCCUCCAAGGCAUGAAGCCUCAUCACCUUGCCGCUCGGUGGAAUUUUGGAACUUUCCAAUCCCCAACGUACUCGGCGGUGUUCAUGGAGUACACCACACCUCCUUCAUACGGCUCCACCAUUGUGAGCGUUGGUGGCAUUGCAAAGGACGGUGAAAUCGUUGUUGCAGGGCCAGUCAAGCCUGCGAUCCAUGUCGAAUCCGCCGAAGAUACCUACAACGACUGGCCGGAACCCAAGUCGAUUAAGUUCACCUGGGAUGGGAAAUCCAAGGACGGCAAGGCUGUCGACGCAGUCUUGGAGGGCUCUUUGGGCGAACGCCUUGAUCGUGUUGAUGUUAUGGCAGAGGUUCCGGGCUUUAUAAAAUCCAUUGUCGGAAGUGUUGCUGGAACAAAACCAUACAUUUAUCAGUUUUCGCCUCAAGAGAAGCUUUCCCUGAAUAUUCGCGUCGGGGACAUUCAGGAUACAGAGCAAGGCACACUCUAUUCGGAGGCAACUUUCAUCUCUUAGAUCUGCCCAGAUUUUCUCUCCCUUCUUUCAUAAUGUAAUCACAAACGAAGAGCUCUGUCAUUAUCAUGGUUGACCCGUGAAUUGGCGUUGGGAUGCUUUUUUUCUUUGCCUUUUUAUUUUUAAUCGCUCGUUCCCUCUUCUAUUUUUAUUUAAUACUUUCUUUUGAACCACCUCUCAUGCAUGCAACGCCUAAAACCUUAUCUAUACACAUGCGAACGAUCACCUGUUUGUUUUUAUGUUACUUCGAUAAGGAGUUUGCAAAUCGUCGCUUAUUCCCAUCAUAAUCGUAUUUAUAAUGAAAUCGAAUAACACCGGACAGUGUCACUUCCGCUCUUCCG